AUGACAUUCUUGGAAAGACAGAAUUAUGAAGGCAAUAAAAAAGACAACAGUUGCCAGAGAAAAAUCAGUAAUGUCAGUUACUCUUCUUUUACUAUAGCCACAUGUGCCUUGGUGGAUCCUGAUCGGUGCACAAAAAAGUUCGGUUACUGUAGAAGACGCUGCUUUAAAGAUGAAAAACAAAUUGAUAUAUGUCUCUCACCAAAUAAAAUUUGCUGUAUUGAGAGCUUACUUGAAGAUUAA